AUCCUAGGGUGCUGCGUGGGGGCUGUUUUUAUUGGUUUGCGGUGGCUGCCGUGGUGGAGAGAGAAAGGCACCGCUGGAGGGGAGUGUGCGUGAGAGGGGAUAGGAGAGGGAGAGCAGCUUGUGUUCGAGAGAGAGAGAGGAGCGGCAUCGAGGGCGGCUCUCAUUUCGUCGUACUCUUUUGCUCCUCGUGAUGUGCGCGCAUUGCUGCCGCCGCCGCUGUUCAAGCUGAGUGCCAUUUGCUUCUGCACCCCCGUCGCUUUUCUUUCUUGUCAUACUCGUCGCCGCUCCUUCAAAACCCUAAAUCUCAUCUGGGUCGUUCUCGCCGCCGCCGUCCUCCGCUGAGACCCGUUGUGAUGCCGGUUCUCGAUCCGGGAAAGCUGCUUCUUUCGUCACCAAACUGGAGGCACUACCGGUCCUAACUUGAAGCGCAUCCGUUGCUGUGCGGCCUCCACCCAGAUGCGGUUUUUGGUCGCAGAGUUCUGCAAGUUCAGGCUCUAGGAAUAGCUCUGAAGGUGAUAGUGCUGGAGAGGAAUGGGUUCUUCAGGGUGCUCGGAGAUAGUCGAACUGGUGGAUGAGACUAAAGAUGCCCGUCCAGGCGGGGUCACCCACCUGAGGGUGAGGGUGAAGCCAGUGGGGCAGGAGCAUGGGGAGCGGUUGUGCUCGGUGGAGGAUGAUCUUGACCGGCUCCUCAGAUCGAUCAAUGCGCGCACCUCGGCCCGGGCUUCUGGGCAGACAAGCACGGAUAAGAGGCUUAUCGCACUCGGGAAAGCGCCGAUGUCAAGCUCGGAAAUUGUGGAGUCUGUGAGCUUGAAGCAGGCCCUGAGGAAGAUGUGCAUCUCCCAGGCCUCGGAGAUGGCUGCCAUGAAGAGGAUGUCAAAGCCCACAGCUGUGGUGAAUUCUUCAGAAGUUGGGGUGAUUAAGAAACUUCAUACGACUGUCGUGGUUCAAACCAACGAGGAGCAGGAUGAGAAGAAUAAAGUGACAAAGGCGUUUGUUUUGCCUGAGAAGGCUGCAGUAAGUUCACCGGUUAAGUCAAUUGGAUCCAGUAAAAAGGUGCAGAAUAAGAGCUCAAGUAACAAACAUUUGCGAUCAGCAUCUCCAACCAAAGCCAAGGUCCAAAAAACUAGAAUUCAAGAUGUGAUCAGUAACAAGUCAUUGGAGGCAAGUGAAGAUCCAUCUGCAGGAAGAGCUGUGUCAAAACAGAGAAAGGGCAAAUCUCCAAAAGCAUCUAGCCCACGGGCUGUUCCAGUAGGCGGUUCACGCCUGGUGAGGCCAGUCUUUCGCAACAAAUCCUCCACUAAAAAGAAGGUUAAACCUGAACCAGCUGCAGCAGUGGCAUCCCAUAAGCACUGCGAAGCAAAAUGUUCCAAUUCUCGAACUAUUAAACAGCAGGAGGACCUUCAGGAUGAACCCAGAACUCCAAUACCGACCAACAAGAAGGACACUGAUAGCUCUAUCAUCAGUGCUGAAGGAGCUGAUUUUGGCAAAGGAUGUGGUGUUGGUGGGACCCUUGGUUCAAAGCCUGGUGAGUUGUCAAGAUCGAAGGAAAAGGGGGAAAGCUCCCAAAGCUCGAAGAGUAGCAUUGGUGACUAUAGCACAAGCACAAGCAUCAGCGAAGAUAGUUAUGGCAGUUUCAGUACUAAUGGCACCAGACCUCACAUGUCAAAAGAUGUGAGAUGGGGAGCUAUAACGCGUGUUGCAAUCCAACAAGGGACUCUUGGACUGAAGAACUUCAAGCUUCUCAAACAACUUGGCUGUGGGGACAUUGGAACUGUUUAUCUAGCUGAGUUAGUGGGUUCAGACUGCAUGUUUGCAUUGAAAGUCAUGGACAUUGAGUACCUAAUAAGCAGAAAGAAGAUGCUGAGGGCUCAAACUGAGAGGGAGAUACUGCAAAUGCUUGACCACCCAUUUCUUCCUACCCUGUAUUCUUAUUUCACGACAGACAAUUUGUCUUCCUUAGUCAUGGAGUAUUGUCCAGGUGGUGACCUGCAUGUCCUAAGGCAGAAGCAACCUACUAGAUGCUUUUCAGAAGCUGCUGCUAGGUUUUAUGUUGCAGAAGUUCUCUUAGCGUUGGAGUACCUCCAUAUGCUGGGGGUCAUAUAUCGCGAUCUGAAGCCUGAGAAUAUACUUGUUCGUGAAGAUGGGCACAUCAUGCUCUCUGACUUUGAUCUGUCCCUGAGGUGCUCGGUAAGUCCAAUGCUUGUGAGGUGCUCAUCGGUCGGAAGAGAUGAGCCUCCUAGGCCUUCCGGGCCCUGUGCAGAAAGCUGCAUUGAUCCACUGUGUAUCCAACCAGCCUGGGCCAAUUCCUCUUGCUUCACGCCUCGGCUGGUAUCCUCUACUCCUGCCAGGACACGGAGACCCAGAGCUGAGCCGCUAAAGAAACCAUCACUUCCGCAGCUUGUUGUCGAACCAACUGAUGCAAGGUCGAAUUCAUUUGUUGGAACCCAUGAAUACCUUGCCCCAGAGAUUAUCAGGGGAGAUGGCCAUGGCAGCUCAGUUGACUGGUGGACUCUUGGCAUCUUUCUCUAUGAAUUGCUCUAUGGGAGAACACCUUUCAGGGGACCUGGCAAUGAUGAAACACUUACAAAUGUGGUCUCACAGGGGCUGAAGUUCCCAGAUAGCCCAGCUGUGAGCUUCCAUGCCCGUGAUCUGAUCAGAGGGUUGCUCGUGAAGGAGCCAGAGCAUCGGCUUGGCUCGACAAGAGGAGCUGCUGAGAUCAAGCGGCAUCCCUUCUUCCAAGGCCUGAACUGGGCCUUGAUCCGUUGGACUGCGCCUCCAGAGACCCCGAAAAGCAUCGACACCUCAACCCUUGUGGCGUCGGUGGCACGCAAGAAAAAAGAAGGCAAGUGUCUCGAGUUCCGGCUGAAUGGAGAUGACAUCGAGUUUGAGCUCUUUUAGUGGUGGCAGUAGUAAUAUUGGUAGUACUUUGUAUUCGGAAGAAUAUCCAUACCAUGGUAGCUAGAAGUAGUAGUCCCACUCUCCUCCCCACUCCCCCCUGCAGUUCUCUGUUGAAAAAUGGGUUAUCAGUUGUCAUCUGCCAAUGUUAAGAUGUAGAGUAAGGUCGGCUGUUGUGCCUGUAACUUUAUUCCUUGUUAAUACCACCAGAUAUCAGAUCAUAUCAUCUUCCAAUGUUGGGAUGUAGAGUAAUGCCUGCUGCAAUUUUCUUCUUAA